CAUUCCAUCUCGAUUUAUGACAGCUCAAAACAUUUGAUAUUUUCGUAUACAAUUUACCAUAAGUCUAAAUAUAUUAAUUUACGGUGUUAUUUUCAAUAUAAAAAUGUCUCGUUUAACAGGAUGCAAGACAAACUUAAAAUAGAGUUAUUUUAGAACCGUUUAUGUUUAGACAAAUUAUAUUAAUUGUAAGUGGAGAAGGCUAGUAAGCGUCACGAUGUCUUUUAUAACAAAACGAGAGCGCGUGUUUAAUGACUUGGAGGUGUGUGACUUACCUCCGAGAAAUGAAGGGAAGUUGAAGGCGUACGCGUCUUGCACGGACGCUAGAGCAUGGUCACACUUCGGGUCCUCGAAAACGGAACACCUUACAGAGCUGAUAAAACGGAAUAACGAUCUGUCAGCGCCCGUGAAGUAUGUGCCUACGAAAGUGAUUGUUGACACCCUCAUGGCAUCUAAGAACUUGGAGGUAGGCAGGCUAAAACGCAAGAUUGAGGAGUUCGAGCAAUUGUUAGCUGCUUAUGAUGUACUGGAUCUAGAUUGUGCACAAAAAUGUGAAAUCGCAAAAGCACAUGCUGCUAUCAAAGAAGCUAAUAAGGACCUUGACGACUUGUGUUUGAACCUGGAUAUUUCAACGUGUACAGAUGUAAGUGUAUUUCGUAUAUUCUCAGGUUUCGAGACAGAAUCGUUUGAGUCUGACCGAUCGCGUGGAGAUGCAUGGACUGUGAUGGUCGACAAAGAUUUGGCAACGCAAGGCAACCAAACGUCCCUAGUGUGCCCAUGCGACGCGAGCGUAUCUGUAGAAGACCCAAGAAUAGACGAAAUGAAAGAACAAAUUAUAUCAAAAGAUGCUAAGUUGAACGCCAUGCGUAAUUCAUUAGCGAUAAUGAAAAACGAUAUCUGCGAGCCAUUUGGCAUUUAUGCGCACAUCUACACGGCAUUAGAGAAAAUCUUCGGGGUUCUAUCCCAAAACUCUAAGUACAGACAAUAUCUUAACCUUAUGACAGCUGGCAAGGACAUUCGCUGCAUCGAUAUAAAAGGGAAAAUACUGUUUAAGAUGAAAGUGCUGGAGAAGUUCUGCCUCGCGUUGGUAGCGCCGUGCUCGAAAGAAUUUCAAUGCACCAACGAUGACUGCCCUUGUUACUACGCCGAUGUUAGCACAAAAAUGGAACACAGCUAUCGGUUAACACCAUCUGAAUGCAUUAAUUCAGAUGCAACAAAAAGAUCCCAACUAGUAGCUGAUAUUAUGGAGCAUGAAGAAAUGAAAGAAAUACUAAGCAAAGAAAGCACACCUGAUGAGAACAAUGAUUCUGAUAGUGACACUGACAAACAGGGGUUUGACAUAGCUUCUGUUAUGAAUGAAGAGAACCAAAAACGUAUUAAAGAUCUUCAGGAAUGCUAUGAAGAUUUGUUGAACUGUUAUGAAAACUUAAAACAUGAAACUGAUUGCAUACGAGUACGAUGUGCAAAGUAUGAAGAUUUGGAAUUGGAAUUGGAACGUUUACGAGGUCAAUUAAAGGAAUAUAAUUCACUGUGGAAUGAGAAAGAACAUUACCGAAAACGAUCUGAAGAUUUAGAUAGCUUAAAACAACAAUACAUAGUACUUGCAGAAGAAUCAUCUGGGUUGGAAACAAAAUUAAAGGCAGAAUCAGAAAUAAAUCAUAUAAAAGCUAAUGCGAUAGAUGAACUGAGAACUCAAAAUAUAUCCCUCGAAAAAAGAUUAAACGAAUUAUAUGUUUCGUUUGAAAAAGACAAAAAUACCCUACAAUGCCAACUACAGGAAUCUGAAUGUAAAUGUAUGUGCCAAGAUCAGCAGAUAAAAAGUUUAAGUUCACAAAUAGUGAAACUUCUUGAACAACAGCCUGAAAAUAUACCUCUUCAAGAUACUUCACUUUCUAAAGAAAACGAGUCAUUAAAAGAGCAACUUAAACAAUAUCAGGAUAUAGAAUACGAAUUUCAGGAUAAAAUGUCUCGCAUCAACGAGUUGGAAGAGGAAAUCGCGAAGUGGAGAGCCGCGUACGAACACUUGCUUCAACAGAAUCAGCAAUAUGAAGGAUAUAUCGAUAGCUUUCAAAAUGAGAAAGAUAGACUUAUGAACGAAAACAGAGCGUUACGAGAAGAAAUUAAGGAUAAGUCCGAUGCUGUUGAAAAUCUCAUGGGCGUGAUUAAAAUAAAGUCUGUAGAAAUACAUAAAUUGACGGGUGAAAAUCAAAAUGUCUGCAGUCAACUUGAAUUAUUGGGUGAAAAAUAUAAAGAUCAGGUACACUUAUCACGACAAGAGAGUCAGGAAUUACUGAGAAAGGUUAAAGACUACGAUGACUUUGUUCAAAAACAAGAAGAUCUGUCAAAUGACAUAGAAGAGAAAAUGCGUGAAUAUGAAUCCUUGAAAGUACUUUUGAAGGCAAAACUAGAAGAAAACGAAAAACUUAAACGUGACUUGAAUCACUUGCAAAAUGAAGAUGCCUGUAAUAAAAAAUCCCUGGAAAUUUCUAAAAGAGAGAGCUCAUUAAUGGAGACAAAAUUAUCUGAACUAGAAGAUAUUUCCCAACAAUUUAUGAAUUUAAAACAUGCAUUCGAACAAUUAAGUAAAGAGAAAAAUGAGCUGGAAAAAGAAUUAAGAAAAAAAGCUUCUCAACUUGAAAGUGCAAUAUACUCAAUAAAGAUGAAUAAAAAAGAAAGUGGUGAACUUUUAAAGCAAUCUGAGUCUAUCCACGGCGAGUUAAAGAGAUUACAUUCGAACAACGAUUUAUUAAAACAGCAAUUAAAUCAACUGCAGGAUGAAAACAAGGCGUUGAAAAUGGAAUCUGCAAGACUUUCUAAUAUUGAACACGAAUUAUCUGACUUAAAGAAAGCUAUUGCUGAGUUAUUGAAAGAAAAGGCAGAGUUAGAGCAUAGUUUUAAAAUUAAAGCACAAGAACUUAACCAUAUGCACGAUAUUUUAGACCGUAAAAUAGAAGAAAACAAGUCGUUGAUGGAAGAGAUCGAUACUUUAAAAUCUCAUUACUUACAAGCAACUAAUAAUAUAAAGACAUUAGAAAAUGAAAAUGAACUAUAUCAAACUGAAUUAGGUAGAUACAAGAGAGAAAGUUCAGUCUUAAUUGAAAAAUUGGAAUUUCACAGCAAAUUAGAAAACGAACUUCAAGAAUUAAAAACGGAUCAUGACGAGAUAAAAUUAGAAAAAGAAAGAUUGCUGGAAGAAUUAAAUGCUCAAUUAUUAGAUUUUCAAAAAAUACAAGAUGAGAAGAGGGAGCUGCAGAGCAGAACUGACGACCUUUUGGCCCACAACAAUGAUUUAGAGAAAGUUUUAGUCAAUACACGGAAUGAGCUUAUGCAAGCGAGCCCAUCAGAAUAUAAACCUCUAGCUGAUUUAACAAAAGAAAUUCAAAAACUGAGAAUUGAAAAAAGUGAUGCUCAGAAGGAGAUUCGGGAGUUGUUGCAUAAACGGGACGAAUCGGAACAAGUAAUUCUGAAUUAUGAAGAUGAGAUGAGCGCACGGGACCACAAGAUAGCGGCUAUGCAGAAUCAUAUCAACGAUUUGCAAGACGAACUGCAAAAGCUGCAGUAUCUGUUAGAGCAAGCCCUUGAUGCUGGCAACGACAUUAAAAACACAAAUGUUAGCAUCGAGCAUGCACGCAAGCAGAUAGAAGCACAUCAUUCGAAAGCAUCGCACAAUUUGAAAUUGGAAUUAGCAGUCCUUCAGCAAAGUAAAUCAAAAUUAGAAGACCAAUUAUCUAUUACAAAAUCGCAGUAUGAACUCUCUUCUAAAUAUAAGCAAAACUAUUUAUCUGAAAUUGAAGAUUUAAAGAAUGACCGAGAAAUAAUAGUUACCGACAUUAAACAACUCGAAAUAUUUAGCGUUGGUGACAGUGAACUAAAUCCAGAUGAUUGUGCGAUAGAACGUAUUUUACAUUCUAUUGAUAGAAUUAGAAGAGCUUUCGAGGCAAGACAUGCAAAAACAUUAUCUUUAGAACAAACAAUAGCUAAGGUACAAGCAUCAUCGCAGUUGGUAUUAAACAAAGCCGACGAAGCUAAAACAUACUUCGAAAAUGAGAAGCAAAGGAUACUAUAUGACAAAGACAAUUUAAUGAAAGAAAAAAAUAGUUUAGAAAAACAAUUAAUUGACCUGAAAAAUGAAUUAAAUAAACAAAUAUCGCAAGAUGGGGCUAUAAUCAAAGAUUUACGUGUUGAAAUUUCGAACCAAGAGCUUCUUUUUGAUAAAAUUCACGAUACCACAGAAAAAUAUACUAAGACUCUACAAGAUGAGAUUCAGUCCCUUAAAGAUUUGUAUCAGGUCGCUCAUUCUAAUAUAAGUGAAUUACAAGAAAAACUUAGCAAAAAUAUGGCUGAGAAUGAUGAAAAAGACGGCAUUAUACAAAAUCUUAUUUCUGAGUUAGAAAGUAAAUCUAAAGAGAUUUCUGAUAUAAAAUUAAAAUUUGAUAAUUUGGCCAAUGAAGCCUCACGAAAGAGAGAUUUAGAUAAUUACAAAGAUGUUUCAUCGCAGACAGAUAAUGUGCAGCAUCACUCAUUCUAUGAUUUAACUGGUUCUACGACAAAAAGUUCAGAUGAAAUGGUUCAAUAUGAUCUAACAAAAAUAAAUAAAUCUGGACAUAGGGAUUCUAUCAAACCAAUGUAUGACCUUUUACCUCAACAUAAACCCCCGUUAGUUAAUGAGGUCCAAAUUUUAGCAGCUGAAACCACGCCGACGUUUGAUUUUGUCAGGACCAGUUAUUUAGAUUAUAAAAUGAAACGACUUGGUCCAGGAUUAUUAGAACAUCAUUCAAUACCUUCUAUAUCGGCAAGUAUUACUUCAUACGUUGAUGAAUCACAUGAGAUGAUUAAUAAUUUCUCCGAGUCUAAUGAUUCUAAUAACACACAAGGUGUGAGGACUCACACGAGUAAUGAAGGUUUGGUCGAUAUCUAUCACAGUCCGUCGGAUGGUACAAAAACUUCAUCUAAAUUGAUUGUUACGAGUAGUCAAAACCCAAAAUCAUUAGAAACUUACGGGCAAACAAGCGAUGGAGUUUAUCCAAAUAAGAAAAGUAAUAUUUAUAUUAGUGAGGUAGUUAAACCCACUGAAAAUUAUAGUGAGCGCCACACAACAACGAAAUCUCAAAAUGAAAAGCAUGUGGAAAUAGCUGGGAAAAAGAGUGAUAAUAGCGAAAGGAAACAUGUAAAAUCAAAUGUGAAAUCUGAGAGUAGUAGCACUAUUCCAUUACAUUCAAAUAAAAAAGAAACUGAUGAAACAAAAUUGAAACUAAAGAUUCAUUUACCUCGAGUAACAAUUGAGAGUAAUUCUUAUGUAACUACUACAGACAAUGAUAAUAAUUCUUUAAAUUCUUCUACUUUUGAUACUUACAGUCGUCCACUGCAGAAAUCCUUAUCCGAUGCAAUGGUACAGAUUCCGUCUUCUGGCGAACACUAUACUAAAUCUGGAACAAUAUCACUGCCAACGACUUCAAAUGCUGAUGACUUAUACAUGAGGUCACGCAGUUUUAUAGAAUUACCCUCCAAAGAUUUAUCACCUAGUAAAUCUAACAGUCCGUCAGACAGUAGAAUACCUGCUGAUAAAACAAAUGAUAGUCAGGGCCAAUUUAUUGUUUACGAAGACCGUAAAGUAAAAGUGACAAAGCCACAACAAAUUUUCAGGUUUGUAGAAAAACUACGAAAAUCUGAUUUCAAAAAUGAUGACGCAUCAUUCCGUUUUAUGGCCGAUGAUAAAAAUGAUCCAUCAACUGGCAAAACUACAGAAGACAAUGUUAAACUAGAUAGCUUUGGUAAAUCUGACGAUAAUACAGACCUUCAUAUGCUAAAAUCAAAGCGAAGAGUCAAAACUAGCAAAGGGUCACAAAAUAAAAUUGUAUAUGAUGAUCCUUUAGAAGGCGUAGUGUCCCGUGAAAGUAACGAAGAUUAUUUGGCAACUGACAAAAAAAGGAAAGAACAUAGUAGCAAAAUACCACAUCAAAAACUUGCACUAAGCGGAAAUGAUAAACCACAUCACAAGGGUCGCUUAGUAUCUGAUAAGAAAACCAAAACAAAGACUGGUAACGUGGGCUCUGAUGCUGGCAUUGGUUAUUUAAAAGAGAAAAAUAGCGAAAGCGAAAAAUCCUACCAUGAUGCCCUGGCACGUUUAGAAGCCAAUGUUUUUCUUAAAAUUUCAAAAAGUAGUUCAAACUUGGGUGACGAUGUUAAUAAUGAUACCAGCGUGCAAGGAAGGCGGAGCGAUUUUGCACUUACGUAUAUUUUGAAUUCAUUGAAUCCUGUAGAACAUUCAGGUAGCUAUUUAUUAUCAACUAUGAGUGACGAAAGAUAUGUCAAUGACAGGAUUAACGAGAUAACUGGUGAAGCUCAAAAACGUCGUCCAAAAUCUCUCGAUCAAAGCGUGAUGGUAAACUUAGAUACAAAUAAUAAAUAUUAUGAAGAAGUUAUAGCCGGUUUAAGGAAAUCUGUAGAAGACGCAGAAAAAGACCAUAAAAUGCAUAUUGAAGCAAUAAAAAUACAGUACGAUAGGCACAUAAAAAAUAUAAUGAACGAGCACAAUCAGGGUGUUAUGAGUAUACAGAGUAUUCAUGAAGAAACUUUGCGCGAUGUUAUGAGAGUUCAUGAAAAUGAAGUUGAAAAUUUAAGAACAAUGAGCAUAGAAGCAAUGCGCAAAGCGGAAAAGCUUGAAAAAGAAUGUAUGUCACUUAAAUCAAAAAUGAGUCUAAAUAGCUCUACAUUACUUGAUGAGAUACCAACUAAAUGCGAAGGUUUUCUUGAAGUCGCAAAACCGAGGACAAAAGAAUCUGACACAAAGGUACUUACCAAGACUGCCCUUGAAGCGUUCGACGUGAAGCCCAAAAUGCGGGCAACUGGCCCUUGCACCUGUACCUUGGACAUCAACAUUUCUGACACGAUCCGGAACAUAUUCGAGCAAGUCGAUGUUGACCAGAGGAAACUGGCUGAGACAACUUACCUCAAAUAUAUUGCUACGAAGGUCACAAAUGGUCAUAUAGAGGCUCUGGAUACUCAAGAGUUGUCAUUCCUACAUCUCAAAGUCUGUCGUAUUUGGAAACAGAAGCUCAACAAGGAAGAAGUACUUCAGAAAAAACUUGACUCUUUAGAAGUUGAGUUAAUUAAGAAACAGAAAUUUGCGCAACAACAUAUGGCUGCAUUAGAUCGUAAAGUGGCCCAAGAGAAGCAGCGGCUCGAAGAAGUGAGAGAAGCGGUAUGCAGAAGCACGCCUGCUAAUUUGUCCGAGGGGAAGCCGCAGCCGAUACGAGAGACUCCAGAAAACAAUUGCAGUUGUCCCUGUAACGUCGAGCACCAGGUGGCGGAACGGCAGUCGGCUGGAGACCUCGCGACCGUGGCAACCGGGCCAAGAAACCCACGGGCGAGAAGGAAGGAGCAUAAGGGAGUAAUGUUAAGAAUGGACGCCGAGGAGAGGCGAGACCGGAGACUAUACACGGACGAGCCACCCACGAGGCUGCGGCGACAGCACGACCGGCCGUCGCGGUUCACGAAGAAGUAAAACUUUGAUAUCAUACCUACUGCCCUGCUAGCGGGAAAGAUGGCUAUUCAUAGA